ACAUAUAAAACAUCAAUCAGUCAAUUGUCAUUUUGUCACUAAAUUAAUUGAUGUGAUCAUGGAAAUAUUUGUAAUUAAAUAGUAUUUCAAUACAAAUACAGUUUUGUAAACAGUUUGAAUUAAAGAAAAAAGUAAUUUAAAUAUUUUAUGAAUAUUCAAACCGGAGUUACGAUAUCUAUAGUAAAUGCGACGAAUUGUCUGAAUAACCUAUUAGGAAGUUCUUUUCCAUGCUUUUACAUAUUGCGUUGAAAUUUGAAUUAACAUUAUGGAAGACAAAAUAAGAAUUGAUUCCAAAUUUGAUCUUCAAGAGAAUUAUGAGCCAUCAGACUCUGAAGAUGACUAUUCUACAUCAGAAAAGCAGAUAAUGCAAAAAUUACGGAAAAGAAAACGUCAAGAUUCGGUCAGUGAAGAUGAAGUAUACGGAUUUUCGGAAUCCGAUGAAGAUGAUAAAAAUGACCUGGGGAUGGCAGACAGUGAUGUGGAGGGUCAGGAAAAAUCAGAUAAUGACUUGCCAGACUCGAAAGCUUGGGGUAAGAAAAAAAGAUCUUACUAUUCUACAGAUUAUGUGGAUCAAGACUAUGGAGGGUUUGGUGAAGACGAAGAGGAUGCUUUAAUGGAAGAGGAAGAAGCAAAAAACAUACAAAAAAGAUUAAUUGAACAACUUGGGGAAGAUGACUUCUCGCUUAAUUUCUUUGAUAAAGAUGUUACAAAAAGUGAUGAGAAGGAGACAACAAUAAAAAGUGAUAUCAGUCAAAUGUCAAAGAGACAAAAACUUCAACUACUUGAAAAAGAAAGUCCGGAAUUUGCAGGUCUUAUUGAUGAUUUCAAGUCAAAGUUAACUGUUGCUAAAGAUGACUUGCAACCUGUUUUACAACUUGUAAAAGGUGGAAAGUUACCUAAUUGUUCAGCUUCUAAAUUUGUUAAAACCAAUUAUGAUUUGAUUUUAAAUUAUUGCACAAACAUUAGUUUCUACCUUUUACUAAAAAGUCAAAAAAUCAAUAUUCAGAAUCAUCCAGUUAUAAAAAGGCUUUAUCAAUAUAGACAAAUGUUGCAAAAAAUGGAACCUAUUUAUCUUGAAAUAGUAAAGCCACAAAUAGAUAAAAUAUUGAAUACAGUUAAGAAUAACUUAAAAUUGCAAAUAAUUAAGGAUAAGGAAGAAAGUAAGAAACGUAAGUCUGGCAAGCAAUUACAUGAGCACCCAACCAAAAAACUAAAAUUAACUAAAGCUAUUGAAAAAGACGAUGCUGACGAUACUGGAGUAUCUGAUGAUGAUAAUGAAUAUGAAACAAAUGACUUAAUUACUAGUAAAAGUGAAAAUGUUAACAAGAUUGUUGAUCAGUCAGAAGAAAGUGGAUACUCUGAUAAUAAUGAAAUAGGAACUGAUCUGAAUAAACCAUCAAAUUCACCUGAAGCUCUAAUAACAGAAGUUGGCGAUAAGAGGGAAAUAACUUACCAGAUUGCUAAAAAUAAGGGCUUAACUCCUCACAGAAAGAAGGAACAGCGAAACCCGAGAGUUAAACAUAAGCUUAAAUAUAGAAAGGCUAAAAUAAGGAGGAAGGGUGCAGUAAGGGAACCAAGAACAGAGGUAUUUAAAUAUGGUGGGGAACCAUCAGGAAUUAAAGCUAAUGUUAAAAAGAGCAUUAAAAUAAAAUAACAUUUAGUUUUUGUUUUAUAUUAGUAAGAAAUAAUACAAAUGUAUCUUCUCAAUAAAAUAAUUUGUUCUUAUUGAUUCUUUUUUCUUCAGUGCUGCCACCUGAAACAAAAUCACUACUUUAGAGCUAAAUAUACUUACUUUAAUAGUUUGCAUUGUAUACUUUUGAGUUAUUUUUGUACUUAAUUGGACAAGCUGUUGUUUCCACUUAUAUUUAUGUAUUUGUUAUUAGCUUAUUGCUUCACCUCAGGUACUAUUACUAUAUUAUUUAAUUAAUUUAUUAAAAUAAUUAUUAAUUUAAAAAAAUAAGAUUUAAAUAAAU